UUGUGGCCGGGCUCGCGGUGUUUGUGGCAAUCGACGCAGUCGACGUCACUUUUCCGUCAGCACAACUUGUUGAGUGCCGGCUUGGUUUUUCACGCAUUCUCGACGACACCGCCAGCCUCUACAGGGCCGACCUGCGAAAUGGCCAGCGCCGCCAACCAACGGGAUCCUGCCUCGGACCAGCUCUGCGAGUACAAAAAAUCAGUGCAGGGAGACCCUCCGACCCUUUUGGCUGGAAAUGGAGCUCCCGUCGGUGAUAAAACGAAUUCUGUCACCGUUGGACCACGAGGACCUAUACUCAUCCAAGACUAUGUCUAUCUCGACGAAAUGUCUCACUUUAACCGAGAAAGAAUCCCCGAAAGGGUGGUGCACGCCAAAGGAGCCGGUGCUUUCGGUUACUUCGAAGUAACCCACGAUAUAACCAAGUACACCAAGGCUAAGGUUUUCUCGAAACUCGGCAAGCAGACCCCGAUUGCCGUGCGCUUCUCUACCGUUGGGGGAGAGAGUGGCUCCGCGGAUACCGUGAGAGACCCGCGAGGGUUCGCAGUCAAGUUUUACACGGACGAAGGCAUUUGGGAUCUCGUUGGGAAUAACACGCCGAUUUUCUUCAUCAAGGAUCCGCUGAUGUUCCCGAGCUUCAUCCACACGCAGAAGAGGAACCCCGUAACGCACUUGAAGGAUGCUGACAUGUUUUGGGAUUUCUUGUCGUUGAGGCCGGAGUCGACUCAUCAAGUGAUGUUUUUGUUCAGCGACCGCGGCAUACCGGACGGUUACCGUCACAUGCACGGCUUCGGCUCUCACACCUUCAAGCUCGUCAACGACAAAAAUGAGAUGGUUUACUGCAAAUUCCACUACAAGACGAACCAAGGGAUUAAGAACAUUCCAGUCGAUAAGGCAGCCGAGCUGAGCGCAUCCGAUCCCGACUACGGAAUUCGCGAUCUGUACGAUGCCAUCGCCGAGGGCAAGUACCCCUCUUACACAUUUUCCGUGCAGAUAAUGACGCCCCAACAGGCCGAGAAGUUCCAGUGGAAUCCCUUCGACGUGACAAAGGUCUGGCCGCACAAGGAUUACCCUCUGAUGCCGGUCGGCAAGUUGGUGCUGAACAAGAACCCGGAUAACUACUUUACCGACGUCGAGCAAGCGGCCUUUGAUCCGGCUCACAUGGUACCCGGCAUCGAGCCCAGCCCCGACAAGAUGCUGCAGGGCCGGCUCUUCGCUUACGGGGACACCCACAGGUAUCGCCUGGGUGUCAACCACCUCCAGCUACCCGUCAACUGUCCCUACAAGGUACGUAUCAUGUCGGCCACGAACUACCAGCGCGACGGCUUCAUGGCGCACAACAACCAGAAGGGCGCGCCCAACUACUACCCCAACAGCUUUUGCGGCCCCGAGGACUGUCCGGCCGUGAAGGCCCCGAGUUACUUUGUGAGCGGGGACGUCGAGCGCCACCAGCCCGUCAACGAGGACGACUUUGGCCAGCCCAGGACCUUCUGGCGCGAGACCCUCAAGGAGGACGAGAAGCAGCGCCUGGUCGACAACAUAGUCGGCCACCUGAAGAACGCCUCGCUGUUCAUCGUCGAACGAGCUCUCAAGAACUUUGGCAACGUCGACGUCGAUCUCCAGAAGAGACUCACCGCGGGCCUGCGCCAACAAGGCUUGCCGAUCAAUCUGUCCGGCAAACUGGCCAAUCUCUAAUCCGUCUUCUCUCUCCCCCCCUCUCUUGUCUUUGUUACGUUUUGUUUUCAAUAAUACCUCGUGUUAUACGCAUAUGUAUGUACAUCGUUUUGCAAUCACCGUAUAAUCACACGCUUAUUGUAUACUCACUAUAAUAAUAAUAAUAUAUAGUUAUACCUCUCCUGUCUGUAAUACCAUUGUUACACGCGUUUUUCUUGUCUUGCUUUGUUUUGUACCUUCGUUUCUGUGGUGGUCAAUAAAAAGUUCUUCAUAUA